UUUUAAAACUUUAUAAACGUUUAAUGAUUUAUUCAAAAUCCUUAACAUUAACGGAUAUAAAUUAUUAUAAACAGCGAAUUAACCAAGAGUUCAAAAGGAAUAAGAGCUUAAGUAAUCAAGAAGAUAUUCGUUUCGCUUUUAAGAAAGGGGAGGCACUAUUAUUAAGAGGUGCAAUUGUGUAAGAUGUUCCUAACAAAACUAUUUAUAAAUGUCAAUAGACGAACCCAGCUAUCAAUACCAAUAGCAUUAAAACACACCAUAGAUUAUUCUAAAGUGCCUAAAAUCAAAGAACAUGAAUUGGCAGAACAGUUUGUGCGGGGAGGAGGCCCUGGUGGGUCAGCCGUGAAUAAAAAUGCUAACUGUGUUGUAUUAACACAUGUGCCUACAGGAAUAGUAGUGAAAUGCCAUAACAGCCGAUGCCAAGACGAUAAUAGAAAAUUAGCGAGGCAAAUGCUUAUAGAUAAGUUGGAUGAAAUUAUGAAUGGGGAAGAGAGUAUAAAUGCACAGAAAAAACGAAUUGAACAGAAGAAAAAUCAAAAGAGUGAAUAUAAGAGGAAAAAAAGAGCUCUAAUGAAAGAGGCGUGGAAAAAACGAGAGGGCUUAGAAUAA